GCCACAUUAUCAUUUUGCCAAUUCGAACACUGUGGUAACAGAUGAUGAUAUUGUCUCAACAAAUAAUUGUGGAGAAAAUAAAAUACCGAGAUACAUUAUACUGACACUCACACCUACAUAUUAUUAUAAUUAUUGUGACAAGACUCGAUGAAACCGCAGUUGUUAAGAACGCGCCGACAAAAUCGCAGUAGGCCCGUCACUACAAGAACACCAUUUUAAAAUUUUAAGAAAAUUGUAUACGUCGGGACCGCUUCAGUUAUUCGAUUAUUUAGUGAACAUAAAUUUAAAAUAAAAUAACAUGUAUAUUAUAAUGAUCGUUAAAAAAUCGUUAACUUUAUUUUUAUGUUCUAUAUCAAAUAAAAACAGGAAUGAGAGUGACAUUCAUUUUGUUAAACAGUCCGAGGAGGUGGCUGUACAAAUGGAACCGUUCUCGGACAACAAGAAAAGAUACGGCCGAGGCGCAAACGAUUACGAUGAACCCGACGAGAACGAUAAGUUAAUAACGUGCCGCAUUUGCUACGAUGAAGAAAAAAAUGAAAGCACAGUAUCGCCGUGCAAUUGUGUCGGUUCUCAUGCACAUGUCCACGUCACGUGCCUAGAACAAUGGCUGUCGGUAUCGAAGUCGAAUAGAUGUGACAUAUGCAGUUAUUCCUUCAAGACGGUCAAUCGGUCUUUGACUGUAUUCGAGUGGUUUCAGGAGAAAAGAAAUUGCCAAGGCUUCUUUGGCCAGUUCAUGGUGAUGUUUUUUUUCGUUACAAUAUGGUGUUUUGUACUCACUGCGUGUGGAAUGAAAACCGUUGAAUAUUUCUUAGACAAAAAAGAUAAAAAUUCAUUUUACAAUGGGCUUUUAAUGUGUAUCAUCACGUUCGCAAUGACUGCAAUGUUGUGGUUUUGGCUGAUAAUUUUUUCAUCAAUAUGGAAGCGUAGGAAUAUGGUGAUACGCUUGGACAAGAAUUACUUAAACGGAGCUGAUGACAUCAACAAUGCGUUUGCUGUCUGAUAAGACUAGCUAAUUUAUAUUUUUUAAUUUAAGAUUAAUAUAUACUUAUUACUUAAUUGUUUAUUUUUGUCUAAUAAUAAUGGAAAACUCAAAACUAUCGUUACCUCUUAAAAAAAAUAAUAAAUCCAAAAUACAUGGGUAUCAUAAUUCAUAACAAUAUAAUAUAAUUAAUAUAAUCAUUAAUAAUUAUUGAAUGUAUAUAGUAGGUACCUAACCUAUUUGAGUUACAUGGAAAAAUUAUGAAAAAUAAAAUGUAUGGACUAAAAUAUAAAAAUAAUUAUCAAUA